GGUCGCCGAAGUGCAAACGUUGACUGAAAUCACCAGUUGGGGGCAUGUCAUCUCGUCGGACAACCCUGCGGAUCUUUUGUCACGCGGUGCGAGUCCCACGGUUCUGAAAGGCAAUAAGUUGUGGUGGCACGGCCCCGACUGGUUGAUAUCAGAGGAACGAGAUUGGCCCCGUAGGGAGGUCAAGAUAUCCACCGUAGAAGUACCAGAAGCGCGAUUGGUUCAGUUAGUUAAAUUGACAACCUCGAUUUUGGAUAAGGCUUCGCGAAGCAAGUGUCAGGGUUCCCCGUCAGUCACGGAACUUUCUUCAGCCGAACGAAUUGUAAUCAGGGUCACGCAAAAUCAUCACUUUAGCGCCGAAAUGAGGCAGCUAGGAGCUAGGCAGCCGUUAGAUCGAACAAGCUCGUUAUUGUCCCUAAACCCCUUCGUGGACGAACUCGGGAUCAUUAGGGUGGGCGGCCGCCUGCGGAAUGCUCCGAUAGCCUUCUCGCGAAAACAUCCGAUCUUAAUACCAAGUUCCAGUCCUCUGGCAGUCCUGAUAAUUCGGCGCGAGCAUCUCCGAUUGUUGCAUGCCGGUUGCCAACAAACUCUCGCAUCUCUUCACGCGAACUACUGGAUUCCAUCAGGCGGACGAAUCACGCGGAAGGUUGUGCGUAGUUGCAUGAGAUGCUUCCUGGCGCCGCGCAACCCCAAAUGG